AUGUAUCGUCUGCUUGACAAUCAAAAACGCAGAUUAAGUAAACAAAACAUGAAUAAUAGCCGACCCAUUCAUUCAGUUCUACAAAGUCGUCAAAAUGAGUUAAAACAGAAAAGGAAAAAACAACACCAAAAUGCUAUUAAAAUUUUGCAGGAGAAUCGAUCCACUAAAAGUUCACAAAGUCAAGAAGCUUUAGCGGAUAAGGCAGAAGUAAAUGAUGUGUCUGAAUCAAUUCUUGUAUCUGGUAACCAAAAAGACCGUACAAAUGAAGACAAAUCAAACAUUUUGAAUAAGCCUAUAUUUACUACCAAUGCUAAUCAAUGUAAAACUUACAGCCCUGAUAUUCAUAUUACCACAACUACAGAACAAAAUGUACACAAUGAAAUUAAACAAUUCUGUAGAGAGAACAACAGUCUCUGUGAGACUGAGUUUUGCGGUCUACGGAAAGAUGGGAAUAACAGGGCACUUGGUCAACAAAAAAAUGUAUCUGGGGAAAAGAAUAUGUCAGCUGUAGAUAACAUACUUCAGGAAUUAAAACAGCUAGAAAGUGUGGAAUUCUUAAAUUAUUGCUCAAUGAAUGAUCAAUGUAUUGAUGUCUCAAAACAGGUUUCCUUGCAGAAGUGUCCCAUUCCAACUACAUGGUCUGAGAUGGUCAAGGAUAUUAGUCGUGUCCUAUGUGAGGCCGAACAAGAUGAAGUGCAUUCAAUCAACUUCAGGAAAUAUUGUAGUGUUCAACGAUCUACAGGCUUAAAAAGUGUUCGAAAUCGAUCUGAUUCUACAUUAUCCAAUUAUUCUUCACUUGGUCAGUCAAAUUGGUCUGGUUCAUCUACAAUAACUACAAACAGACAUACGUUCCUGAGUGAAGAGAAUUUGCAUUCACAUACCAAACAUAUGGAACGGGUUUGUUCACGGCAAAAGGCCCAAAAAGAACUGGAUCAAUCUAUAUCUCAAUGUCGAGAAAAAUUGACUACUUUCAUCCAGUCAAAUCAUAAUAAUGUAUGUCGUAAUCUUCCAGAACCAAAUGGCGGUGAUACUGGUACUAAUCAACACACAAAGUAUUCUAAGAGUCGAAACUCUGCUACAUCACAAAGACCAUCUUCUGUAAAAAACCAAACAACUUCUAGAUCUUUACAAUCUAACUGCUUUAAUAGCCCUAUGAAUCUCUCAAAUGCUCAUUUGCUGCAUACAAAUUCUGUUGGAACAAAAGCUGAAAAUAAAUUAUCUUACAAAAGUCAUAUGGGGCGUAGUACACAAGAUCUUUAUGAUAGUGUAUCACUGAAGGACGGAAUGAAGCAGAUAAUUCAAAGCGACGAUGGACGUAUCACUACUGACAAUGAAUGUUUGAUGUUGGAACUUGAAGAGAAAAAAGGUCAAAUAAAACGCUUACAGAGAAUUAUAGAGCAUCAAAGAGAACUGUUUUUAAGGCAGUCGGAAGACACACAGCGAGAUGGUGAUCGAAGAAUAGAAUCAAUUAAAGCUGAUUAUGAAUGUACAAUUAACCGAAAUUAUAAACUAAUUGAUGAACUAAUUGAAGAGAAAAAAGUACUUCAUACAAAAUGUGAAGAAUUUUUAGAAGAACUAAAGACAGUGACAAAGAAAACGAACGAAAAAAUCAAAGCACUUGAAGAAAGACACAAAGUCGAGAUGCGAAAAGUAGAGGCCAAACAUUUAGCUGCGGAAAAGCUGCGCCGGGAAAAGUGGGAGACAGAAAAAGCAAAGCAUUUUAAAGAAGUUACUAUUCGUGGGAUGGAAAAUGAAGUAGCCCAAAUGAUCGCAAAUCACAAGGCCGAAAUGGCAAGUUUGCGUCAGUCAUGCGCUGAACAAAUUCAAGCAGCUGAUGUACGCGCCUAUCAAGCUUAUAUGAGUCACAUUGAAGAACUAAAACAGACGUUGAUAAAAGAAAAAAAUGAAGCCUGCUGUAGAGAAAGAGAACUUGUUGAACAAAGAUUAAACCAAACUUUAGCAGAAGAACGUAAUUCUUUGGAAGCUCAUAGACGUAGAUUGUUAGACGAGAUUUCUGAUGAACGUGAAAGAUUGGCAUUGACUGCAUCUAAACAAAGGGCUGAAAUGGAUACUCUUAGGAACAAUUUAGAAGUUGCCUUGACACAAGCUAACGAACAACAUAAAAUGGAAAUUGAACAAUUAAGGGCGGAUUUGAGUCAAAGACAUAAGGAUGAAAUAGCUGAGUUGAAUCAACGUAAUUUGGCUGAACGUACAGCAUGGGAAGAACAUACUAAGUCAUUGUUGGAAUCCCAGUAUACUUCUAGAGAGACUAUACUAAAGGAACAACUCAAGAAAGAACGAGAUCGCUUGUUAGAAUCUGCAGUUCAACGUCUUGAAGCCGAAGCAAAUGAAGCAAGGUUAGAAACUGAUCGUCAAGCAGAACUGAAGGUGAAACGUGUACGUGAAAAAUUCCAAGCUGAAAUAGAGGAACUUGAAAGAUCAGAGAGACAAGCAAUGGAGAAAAUAUUGUCUGAUGAAGACUCAAUUUUUAGAUAA